CGUGAUUGACGGAGCAGGUGGUGAUGUAGAAGAAGACUUGCACGACCAACUGCAUUGCGAUAUCCUAAGUAGAAUGGGGGAAGAUGACCCGCGAGCCGGGGUCCAAGAAAGUGUACCAACAAGCGAUGUUGAGGACGCCAAGACUCGAGGGCGAUGCGACUUUCUCCACGCGUCAGAUGAGGUCGUCAGAGGCGUCCGACGAUCUUGACUGUGAAAGCCGCAAGCCAUUGCCCGUCGCUGACGUCAUGUGCAAGAUGAUGACGUCAGCGUGUGUCAUUGGAUGGGUUCUUACUGACCUGGGAGUCGACAAACGCCUCCAACCGACACAAGAACAACACAGCAUGAACGGGACGACGCACAAGGUCUACAGUCGCGUGACAUUUUCGUUAGCGCCCCCCGCUAUCGAUGAUUGUUGGAAGAACGAAGGCCUGGAUGCGCAAGGGGCCUGCAAUAUGAUGCCGGCGACUUCGAGCGAUGGUGGACGCGUCGCAAAGGCAGCACAUGCAAGAAAUGACACCAGCGAAUGGGGAAUGGCUACACACGGACGAAGCCGCUCCGCUGGUGGUUCCGCCCCGCAUGGAGAGGAGCGUCGAGGGACGACGUUGUCGCCGGCAAGGGAAACGAGUCGGGGAGGUGGCCGUGGGGAGGAAGAACGACGGGCUGAAAACUUGUGGUGCGACUACAGCAAACGUGUCUGGUAUUUGGACGGGGCGAGCCAGGACGGCUUCGACCCGUUGCAACCACAGUGCGGGCCGCUCUUGUUCGUCGCCGUUCGCGCCGAUAGAACGCGUCUCGCAGGGUCCAUCGUCCAGUGGGUCGACGAAGGCGAAUACAAUUUCAAGUUUACAUUGCGGAAGCAUUUCAGAAGUGAUGGUACCGUCGACGACAUCACAAAGGGAUGCAAGGUUGUCGGGAGGAUGUUCGGCGGGUACGGCCGGCAUGCGAUGUCUUUGCCGUCCUUUGUCCCGCUAGCGCCGGGGCACGACGUGGCCGUUCACGUGACAGACUUCCUCAAGGUGUGGGCGAGAUCUGGUACCUCUAUCAAUGCCGUGGAUGUCGGACCUGGGACAUCGAUCAGUGGUCCUGUUGGGUUCGCGGGGGGAGAGUGCUCUGAAAGGAGGAUGGGAGGUCAGGGUGGCCUGCCAACUACGCCUCCUGUUCAAGAGGUGGGCAUGUUAGACGACUCGGAGGACGACCAUCCGCGUGCUCCUUUGAAACCGUGCUUGCAUGGAUCUCGCCGCCAAGAAUCGACGACUCCUCGUCGUCUGGUCGAAAGGAUCGGUUCAUUCGUUCAUGGCAUGCAGGUGGCCGAGGUUUCGCCUGGAGAUCGAGCGGGUGGUCAGCAGGUUCGAGAGGUGCGUGGGUCAGAUGAGACGACUCACCGGGCCCGACCUGCGCCUGCGCAACUGCAGACAGAGUUGAGCCAGGAACGAGAAGCAAGUGGGAACGUCGCCGGUGAGGAGGAGGUGUCCGAGCAGGGGCUGUUCCGUGAGAGAUCGGCUGAAAAGACUCAGUCGGGAGGCAAGCGCAACUUGCCGGAUGAGGAAGAGCGAGAGGGASUAGGUGCUCUGAAAAGGCAGARAAAGGUAGGAGGGAGUGCUCGGACGCCAACAACACGAGAGGGCGGUUCCGUUGAGAAGAGGAAAAGGGUUGGAGGUGGGGAUGAAACGCCAAAAGACUCGUCGACAUGGCGAAGAACCGGUCAGUUUUUCGGGAAACGGUCGAAAUCAUCGAGGGGGAAGAAAGCAAAUGAGGGCGACAGCGGGGAGGGGGAUGGCGACGUGGAGAUUAACCUCAACGCCUUUAACCUCGACAAUGCGUUCUUCCUCGAGAUGAAGACAGGGGUGCAGAGGGUUGUCGUGUUGCACAUCCAUCCCGAAAGAAUAUUGGCUAUUCCAGACUGAGAAGACGCGUACAACCACCGAUCCUUGGACGAAUUCCUCGUUGAUACCAUCGCGGCGGCUAUGAUCGACUUCUACGAACGUAAAGACAUGAGAUACACGAAGCCCAUUUUCGUU